AUGGCUUAUUUGUUAGUGUUCUCUAUUUGUUUUGCGUUGUUGUUGGCUUCCAUAUCUCUCUAUAGAUAUGGUUGCAUUCAACGCCAACAUCCAGUGGUUACUUUCUCGGUACUGACAGCAUGGAGUUUUUCCUUUCUUAUUGUAUUUACAAUCCCACUGGAUGUAACAUCGACGGUUUAUCGGCAGUGCAUCUUAGAACAUAAUACUACGGCUAAAUCUUCACUUGUGCAAACAAACAAUGAGAGUACAUGUCAGCGCCCUUGGGGGAUGGUGGAGGAGCACGUGUUUCCGAAUCUCUGGCGCAUCAUAUAUUGGUCAUCGCAAUUUCUGACAUGGUUUAUCAUGCCGCUAAUGCAGUCUUAUUUGAAAGCAGGGGACUUCACCAUAAAAGGCAAACUAAAGUCUGCCUUAGUUGACAACGCAAUUUAUUACGGAUCGUAUCUGUUCAUUUGUGGAGUAUUGCUAAUCUAUCUUGCACUGCAACCUGGAAUCUCGUUAGAUUGGCAAAAGCUAAAAGCCAUAGCGUCUUCAGCAUCAAAUACUUGGGGCCUGUUCCUGCUUGUUCUACUGCUCGGUUAUGCUCUGGUAGAAGUCCCAAGAAGCUUAUGGAAUAAUUCAAAACCUGGAUUCACAUUGCAAUAUGCUUACUUUAAACUAUCCAAAUUAAGUACAGAAAAAGCUGAAGCCGAGGAACACGUGGAUGAUGUUUUGGAAAGUCUGCUAUCAGCCAGUCGAGCCGUCUCUCCACGUCACGAACUCAGACCAGCAUUAGAAACUAUCCUUCGGAAAGUACCAACUGAACUAAUGGAACGAGCUCGACGAAUUAAUCGCGACGAUGGUUCUCCUGUGGCUUUGCCUUCAGAGAAAGCGCUUAUAAGGCUCCACCGGCGAGUAAUCAAAUCGCUACAGACAUUUCAACGCACGGAAGCCUUGUGGAACGUUCAGGUUAAUAGGGUUCUUCAUCUAGAAGAUGUUGCCAAAAAUGCAGUGUCGUUGGAUCAUCGCUUCAAAUUAGAAUUUCCUGAGAACCGUACUGGUCUUUCCAGAGCCUUAUACAGCCCAACGGUGGAAUGGUACUGGGAAUGUGUAAUAAAGGCCCCAUUUCUCAAGGCACUUGCCGUAGUAACAGGCUUUCUAUCGUUCACGGUUGUCUGGAGCGAGUUAACUUUUUUUAACCGUGAACCAGUGUUAUCAAUCUUUGCAAACGUACUGGAAAUCGCAAAGACAAACUAUGAUUUUGUCACGAUUGAACUAUUCUCAAUGAUGACCCUCUGUUAUCUUUGUUACUGCGCCUACUCAACGGUUUUCCGAAUCAAAUUUCUCAAUCUUUACUACCUUGCUGCUCAUCACCAGACUAACGAGUACAGUUUGAUAUUUAGCGGAAUGUUGUUGUGCCGUCUUACUCCACCCAUGUGUUUAAACUUUCUUGGAAUGAUUCAUAUGGAUUCGCACAUUAUUAAGGAGCGUAUAUUAGAAACCCAUUACACACAAAUCAUGGGUCAUAUGGACGUAUUAGGCAUAAUAUCCGAUGGAUUUAAUAUCUAUUUUCCAAUGUUGAUGCUCGGUUUCUGUUUAGCUACUUGGUUUUCGCUUGGUAGCCGAGCUCUAAAUGCUCUAGGCUUUCAACAAUUUAUGCUUAAUGAAACGAUUGCAAUUGAGCUUGUUCAGGAAGGUAAGGAUUUAAUCGUGCGAGAAAAGCGAAAACGGCAACGAGCAGAGGAUGCAAUCGCCCGUCGACGCGAUAAUGUUCUGAAUAAUUUGGGCAGAGAUUCCGGAAAUACAGUACACAGUGGUUCCAUUAAUGGCGGAGGAAAUGCUAAUAGCGGUGGCGUUGGAAACAUUUUAGCAAAAUAUAGAUCAAGAAAUUUAGAUUCAGUGACUAAUACUGUUGGCCCUAGUGACGAUUUGGUUCGGCAUGGUGAUAGACUUGACUACAGCACUAAUGAGCGGGGAACGGAGCUGAGUAGGUCUCUAUCGGAGGAAAUCAAUGAACGCUUUGGAGUUAGCACCAACGUCACAGUUGGAUUCCGGGGCUACAACGAAUUUGGCGAUGAUGAUGAUGUACAAGGUGUGCGUAGUAGUGGUAUGGCGCCACGAGGAUUUUUCGAUGACGUUUGAGAAGAUAUGUACUAGUAAAAAGCAUUUUAUGUUUAUAAAGUGAUAAUUAGUUUAAAGCUUUCCUCCAGUCCUUAAAAUCAAUUCAAUCGUGUUAUAAAACUAAAUACUAAGUGUAAGCUAAGUGAAGAACGAAUGAAAAGUGUAAUCAUUCCUGUGAAACACGUAAUAAAUAAACAGUAAAUGAAAUACGCACUAAA